GGGGGACAAAGCUGGAGGAAGGCGGUGUCGCUUACACCAAGUCUCGUCACCUGGGGCCGAAGUUUUAUUUUUAAAGAAUUUAUAAUGUGUUGAAGCUAAAAUAAACAGGAAAGAGUCAAGCAGUGAAAGGACGAAGAGCAUUCAUGAUGAGCUUACUUCAGGUUGUGCGUGACCACUGGGUACAUAUACUUGUCCCUAUGGGAUUUGUCUUUGGAUGGUAUCUAGACAAAAAGAAUGAUGAAAAGCUAACUGCCUUCCGGAAUGAGAGUCUCUUAUUCAAAAGGGAAUUGAGGCCCCGUGAAGAAGUCACCUGGAAGUAAAGGCUAUGGCUGAAUUACAGGAUGUUCACAUUUUUUAAAUUAUGGGAGAAAUAAAAACACAUUCAUUAUUUAA